AAGCAGUCGCGACGGCAGACGCCGUAUAAGGUGGCCGGACCUACGGCGGACCAAAGCGCUCCAUAUUCUUCGCUGGAGCCGUGGGUAGCCAAGCACGAACGUAAUGCAUCAAGGAGCGAUACGAGCAGCAACAUGCCCACCCAGGAGGACCUUGAGAAGCUCGAGGAGGUGGCCCCGCUUGGUGUAAUCCAGAAAUACUUCGACAGCCAGGCCGACAGCCGAGAUUCGAGUUUGAGGAGGGUGCGCCACCGUCACACACCGAGUCCGCCAAAAGUGCCACUGCCGAAUUCGCCAGACCCGAACUUGCGCUCCACGGAGCCAGUCGUCAUCUUCCCUAUCGAGGACUUGAAUCUGGUCACCGAUGUACCGCCAACUGUGCCAGAGCGCAGCCCAAAACGCCUAACCAGCCCCCGGUUGCCUUUUCGUAAGGAGUCUAUCACGUCGGUGGACAGUGACUUUGCGCGUGCGGCUGAAGGUCAAUUCACCGAGUACGACCAGAGAGAAUCGGAGAUCCAUAUGCCUAAGCAUCGAAACCAGUACGCCAGAGUGGGACAAGCAGCGCAAGCUGGCUCGUCGUGCCUGGGACGGAUGGCACCACCGAUCCUCAGCCAUAGUGCACUUACUGCCAACAGCGACCUGGGCCUGAACGAUCUCAGCUACUAUCUCAAGCACACAGGUCCUACUUCGGAGAGUAAGCCUCCAGGUCGCCAGCGUACGAGAGGCGGAUCCAAGAUCUUCAAGGUCAAUCGCAAGAGCCUCGCCGCACGUGUUGGAUCGGUGGAAGGCUCGCCCCAACGUGCACACCAGAAGCCCCAAGUACCUACCUGCACUCGAGAAGUGACCACAAAGGCUGGAGCGAAGCAUCUCAAGAUCGUCAUUCCACGUUUGUCGGGCACAGACAACUUCGCCCUUCCCAUUGCCGUUCCGGGACAACAGAAGCAAAAGCACCGUUCGCGCCACAUCUCACUCAGCUUCACCGAAGACAUGCUUGUCCCCCGUCUCGCAUCCCCCGCGGUUGAGCGCGCCAUCCAAGGCUUCAGCUCCUACGACCGCGCCAGCCGCUCCUUUUCCGCUCCAAACAUCAUGGACAUGGCCUCCUCCGCGAUGCGCAAAGAGAAAAGCCCACCCAUCAGCCCCAGACCCAUCCCCAUCCUUGGGCACCAGCACCCGCUUGCGGAACACCCUGUGACGAGAGAAGAGCAGACCAAAGCCCGUAAAUUGCGCGAUCUGAAGAGAAUACACAGGAAGGAAGUCCCCAGCACAAUCUCCGUCUCGGGCUCAACCCAACAGCACCGCAACUCCGACACGGGCCCCGGAGCGCUGCCCACGCCGCGACACACGCCUGAGCCUUGUCUCAGCAGCGAAGAGCAUCAUCUCGCUGAGCAUCAGGAGAUGGUCGGCGAUUCCGCGGUCGAGAUCGAGGUCCUAGAGGAGGGCAGCGUGGAGAAGAUGAUGCGGUUACAGGACCGCGUUAUGCUGCUUCAGAGACAGAAUUCCGCGCUGACAGCGGCGCUGGCCAAGGUUGUCGGACUGGAACUGGAGGAUGGGGAUUUGGAGCCCGAGUUUGUCUUGAGGACGUUCAGGAGGUGCAGACAGAGUAGGACGCCGAGUGGGUGGUGAUAGUACUGGUCAGGGGAUAUGGGUUUGUUGUGACCGUCAACGGCCGUGUAUGAGUGUGGAUCUAUAUAUUUGAAUCGUAAUGUCGAUGUUCACGCGCAUGGUAGCGUGUUCCUGUAUGACGUUGGUGGGAGAGGACUCUCCGGCUCAGGAUCUAUUUUUGGAUCACGUUCAUGACUGGGG